GCAUGUUUACAUUUCCCCUUGCCUGCGGUCUCUUUAUCAGGCAAUGGGUUUGUUCUGCGCCUAGUAUAAAGUAAGCGAGCACGGGUUUUGCACACACACGUAGUGCACACAUGCAGCAUGCUCAGGAUGACACAGACAAGUACAGUAUUGAGCAUUUUCGUCUUGUUUCUUCACACCACUUUUGGGGAAAGUGGUUGCACCUCAGCAGAUGGUGAUGGGACUUUUGGAGAUGAUGAACCAGAUAAUUUUGACAUCAACUGCUUCAGCCAGCUGGAAUUUAAGGAUUCCUAUAGCAGCCUGACCUGCAAUUUUACUGAGAUGCCUCCUCACAACACUAACUACACCCUGGCCCUGUGUACCAAGGAAGACAGCAAUUACAUGUGCUUCGAUAUGGAGAAACAGGAAGAUGCGUAUUUCUUACAAUUCACUGAUAUACUUUCAAAUAAAGACAUUUGCAUGGACUCUGAGAUAAAGAGAAGAGUCUGCAGAAGUCUGGUUGUAACUGACAUUGUUAAGCCUGAAGUACCAUUUGAUAUAAAUAUCACAUACCAAAAGGAGGCGAAUGAGUAUCUUAUCCAUUAUAGUACACCACACUCAUGGAAGAAAUACUUAAAAGACAAAUUAAUACACCAAAUAGCCUAUCGGCAUGAAGAAGGUACUUGGAAGACAAUAGAGUCGCCAUACCUUCAGGUAAAAUUGCUGGGGAAAAACCUUGAAAACGAUGCAUCGUAUGAGGUGAAAAUACGUUCGGAGCCCAAUGGAGAUUAUUUUAAGGGCAUGUGGAGCGAAUGGAGCACUUCCAAGAGCUUCAGGACUGCAAGGGAGCAGCACUCCACAGAGAGCUGUAAGAGCAGAAACCGCUUUGGCCCACCUGAGCAGAGCAGAGCUCGGUGUUCCCCGCUCCCCGGCCAGCCUGGCAGCAAGA